CAUCGUGCUCAGGUGACUAACGGCAGCCUGCUAGUUUACCGAAACGUGUGUUUUGUUGUAAUUCCUAGUGGUAGAGUGAGUUAUGCCACAGUUGUCUCUUUUAUUCACUUUCCUACGAUGCUUAGGUCAUGCUGGGUUAAGCUGAGCCCUCGUCCUUUGUUCUACAACUUUUAUUUUUAAUUUCUAUCGUAGCUGUUUAAGCUAGCAGACAAAGUUGUCACGUUCGCAGACAUGGUGUGCAAAACUUUUUCUGCUCUCCUAUUCCUCCUGAACAUUUCCGCAGCUUCAGGUGCUUCAUAUGUUAUCACAGUUGAUGUGGGAACACCAGCAGGAGACCUUAAACACUUCUGGAGAAGCACCGGUUUCUGCCCCCCGCUCCCUCACACCCAGUCCCACCAGUAUGACCUGAGCAUCGACCAGCAGCUGAAUCUGGCCUACGUGGGCUCAGUGCCUCAUGGAGGGAUCCAACAGGUCAGGAUACACUGGAUGCUGGAGCUGGUCACAGCACAGGAUAUUGGAGGACAACCCCAGUAUAACUUCACUAAACUGGACCAGCUGAUAGAACUCUUGCAUGUUAAUGGACUGCAACCAGGGUUUGAACUGAUGGGCAGUGUCUCUAACUACUUCACUGACUUUGAGGACAAAUCACAAGUGUUUGAGUGGAGAAAUCUGGUUCAUCUCAUAGCCAAGAGGUACAUUGACAAAUAUGGCCUGGGAAGUGUUUCUCAGUGGAACUUUGAAACAUGGAACGAGCCCAACAACCAUGACUUUGACAACGUUACUGUGUCAAUUCAAGGUUUUCUAAACUACUAUGAUGCGUGUUCGGAGGGUCUGCGCUCUGCCAGCAGCCUGCUGAGGUUUGGAGGUCCGGGAGACUCCUGUCACACCCCCCCACACUCCCCAUACUGUUGGGCCAUGCUACAGCACUGCUACAACGGCACCAACUACUUCACUGGGGAGACCGGGGUCAGGAUUGACUACAUCGCCUUGCACAAGAAGGGAGGAGGCUACUCUUUGCCCAUCCUCCAGCAGGAGAUCCAGACAGUAGGGGAGAUCCAGGAGCGCUUCCCCCGGUUCCGCAGUCUUCCUGUAUAUAAUGAUGAGGCUGAUCCUCUGGUGGGCUGGUCUAGGCCUCAGGAGUGGAGGGCUGAUGUGACCUAUGCUGCGAUGGUGGUAAAGGUAAUAAACCAGCACCAGGAUCUGCUGCUAGCAGACCCCAACAGCACCAUCAACUACACCCUGCUGAGCAACGACAACGCCUUCCUCAGCUACCACCCGCACCCCUUCACCCAGCGCACACUGACCGCCCGCUUCCAGGUCAACAACACCCAGCCCCCUCACGUCCAGCUCAUCAGGAAGCCUGUCCUCACCGUCAUGGGCCUGCUGGCUUUGCUAGGAGAGACCCAGAUCCGGGCUCAGGUUCUGAGCUCAGCAGGAAGCCACAACAGUACAGUGGGAGUUCUCGCCAGCAGCCACAAGCCUGCGAUGCCGGGUGGCUCAGACAGCUGGCAGGCUGCAGUGCUUGUCUACAACAGUGACGACAACAGCACCUCCACCGCCGCUGACGAUGUCACCGUCACAGUGAGAGGACUAUCUGCACAAAAGGGUCUUGUGUAUGUGAUGUAUUACAUGGAUAAUAACGGAACCAACCCGUACCAGCUGUGGCAGAGCAUGGGCAGCCCCGACUACCCCACAGCUGAACAGUUCAGACGGCUCCGGAGAGGGCAGGACCCUCAUGUUGAUGGACCCUGGAAGGUUCCUGCAGGAGACACUCUGACUCUGAAAGUCAAACUGUUUGUGCCCUCCGUCCUCCUCAUCCAUCUGUGCGCUCAGCCCAAAGCCGUGCCAGACCAGGUCAACGGACUACGUUUCAUCAGGAUCACCAAAGGCCAAGUGCUUAUUGUCUGGUCUGAUCACUGUGUUGAUUCAAAGUGCAUCAAGACAUUUGAAGUGGAAUUCUCCGCAGACCAGAAAGAAUUCAGCAGAAUUAAUACCCAAGACAUCAUUUUUACUUCUUAUGUGUAUUCUCCAGGGGACCAGGUGGUUGGUGGUCUGUACAGAGUUCGAGCUGUGGACUACUGGGGAAGGGCAGGCCCAUACUCGCUGCCAGAGAGGUAUUCAGAGGAGUGUUAGACCAAGGUCAAGUCUGCUGUCCUUCAUGUUGCCCAAUCGCAUAAUGAGCGUAUAUUAUGCUCUAAGUGGCACUAAUUCAGGAAUAGAGCAUUAUGGUUGUACUUUCAAAGACUUGAAUGUUUGACUUUUCUAAGCAGACCACUUUGUUAAUAGUAGAUAAAAGUGACUGAAUACAAAUACCAGCAAUCAUCAGCAGCUCUCAUGCAUUAAUGUCUGAGGUUACUGCAGGUUUAUUGCCUUGUGGAGAUCGAUAAAGGAGCUGAACACAUGCUGUCUCAGUGGAAACCUUUUAAACUCUACUGGCAACAUUAACAGCUUCUGAUAUUUGUAUUUAGAAAUAGUAUGGCUUUAUGUUUGUGUAAGUUGAGACCCAUGAGAAGACCAAAACCAACAACAUGUCAGUCAAAGUGUCUAGGUGCCUUCCAAAUCAGCCGAGACAAAAAUCUAAAAAAGUGGCUCUUAAACGUUUAGGAUGCUUUCCCAUACUCAUACUACCAUUUGGUAGGGCAGAAAAAGGUUUUGUAUUUGGUAUUACAUACAAUGUCAAGCGCAGUACGCCACAAAAGUCCGUACUACAUCCAGUCACAUUUGCUGUAUCAAACCAGACAUAUCCUUUAUAUAUACAUCCUAAUACCUUUACACACAAAUAAACUGACUAUGUCUUACAUAGUUUAUUGCAAGCAGUGUUAAAUGCAGGCGGUGUUAACAUGCAGUCGCACAUAAUGUGUCAUUACAUGGGAGGUACGAAAGGAAAAGAAAAAUGUAUUUUAUUUGAAAUUCAGUUUUUAAAUUUGUUAUAGUCUAUUUUUCUAUUCUUGAAAUGUCUUGUAAUGUUUAUGCAUUAAAGAAGUAAAGUUGGAUAACCACUCAAA